GAUGGAGGUUGUGCACGCCCCCCCCCAGGUCCUCCUGGCCUGGCUGCAGGGGCAGCUGGGCAGGGCCCCCUCAGGCCCCCAUUGACUGUGCCUUCUCUUUCCAGAUCCUAGGCGCGGUGAUCCUGGGUUUCGGGGUGUGGAUCCUGGCCGACAAGAGCAGUUUCAUCUCUGUGCUACAGACCUCCUCCAGCUCGCUCAAGGUGGGGGCCUGCAUCUUCAUCGGCGUGGGCGCUGUCACCAUGUUCAUGGGCUUCCUGGGCUGCAUCGGUGCCAUCAAGGAGGUCCGCUGCCUUCUGGGGCUGUACUUUGCCUUCCUCCUCCUGAUCCUCAUCGUCCAGGUGGCCGCGGGAACCUUCUUCUAUUUCAACAUGGGCAAGCUAAAGCAGGAGAUGGGCAACAUCGUGACCGAGCUCAUUCAGAACUACAAGGACGGGCAUGAGGACAGACUGCAGGAGGCCUGGGACUACGUGCAGGCUCAGGUGAAGUGCUGCGGCUGGGCCAGCUUCUACAACUGGACGGACAAUGCGGAGCUCAGGAACCGCACCAAUAUCACCUACCCCUGCUCCUGUGAGGACCGGCAGGAGGCGGACGACGGCUUCCUGGUGAGGAAGGGCUUCUGUGAGGCUUUCGACAGCAACAGGACCGAGAGCGGGAACAGCCCCGAGUCCUGGCCCGUGUACCGUGAGAAAUGA